AUGUCUGUCCCCGAUAAGUUCCAGGGCUUCCAGUCCCCCAGCGCCGAGAACUGGACCGACUUCCAGAAGAACUCGUUUGAGCCCCGUCCCUUUGGCGAGUACGAUGUAGACAUCAAGGUCGAGUGCUGCGGUGUCUGCGCCAGUGAUCGUCAUACCAUCAGCGGAGACUGGGGUGAAUGCCCCUACCCUCUUGCUGUCGGCCACGAGGUCGUUGGCAAGGUUCUUCGUGUUGGUGACAAGGUCUCGCUCGCAAAGGUUGGCGACCGUGUCGGUGCUGGUGCCCAGGUCUGGUCGUGUCUGGACUGCCGUCAGUGCAAGAACGACAAUGAGACCUACUGCAAGGAUCAGAUUGACGCCUAUGGCGCUGAUUACCUCGAUACUGGCUUCAAGACACAGGGUGGUUAUUCUUCCCACACUCGCGUGAAUGAGUACUGGGUCUACCCCAUCCCCGAGGCCCUGUCCAGCGCCCAGGCCGCUCCUAUGCUCUGCGCCGGUAUCACCGUAUACAGCCCACUGAAGCGUCUCGGCGCCGGACCUGGCAAGAAGGUCGGCAUUGUUGGUAUCGGUGGUCUCGGCCACUACGGCGUGAUCUUCGCCAAGGCCAUGGGCGCUGAAGUCUGGGCCAUCUCCCGAUCACGCGCCAAGGAGGAGGACGCUCGCAAGAUGGGCGCCGACGGCUUCCUUGCCACGGGCGAAAAGAACUGGACCGAGGGUCACAAGAUGACCUUCGACAUCAUCAUCAACACAGCCAACUCCUUCGAAGGCUUCGCCCUCAGCGAGUAUCUCAGCCUGCUCGACAUCCACGGCCACUGGAACUCAGUCGGUCUGCCUGGUGGUGACGGUAUCGAGAUCCGCAACCAGGACUUUAUCAGCAACGGCUGCUACAUCGGCUCAUCGCAUCUGGGAAGCCGUCGCGAGAUGCUCGAGAUGCUUGAUCUCGCUGCCGACAAGGGUCUCAAGUCGUGGAUUGAGGAGAUUCCUAUCUCCAAGGAGGGUCUGCAGAAGGCCAUGGAGGCUCUGAAGACCAGCUCUGUUCGCUACCGAUCUUGCAUGGUCGGUUACGACGAGGCUUUUGGUUCUUGA